UCAGUAUGGUGGCUUCAACUGGUGAAGAGGUCUAGAUAGACUUUUCUAUUCUAAAACAAGUUUUGGUUCCAGGUUGAACUGAAAACCGCAAAAAAAGUUUCCACUUGCCUCAAUUAUGCAUAAUAAGUAAAAUAAUGAGGGAAAUCCUGGCUGCAUCUGCUGAUUCCUGCAGAGAGAGUAAGACUUUUCACUCCCUAAAGCGUGAGCUGAACAUGCUUAUGCCAAUGAGCCAUGUAAUGAGAACAAGAUUUAUUACAAACCUCAGAAGGGAAACCAUACCACCUGUAACCCACCACAGUCAUCCCAACUGAUUCCCUCAUUUUAACUUUGUGUGACUGCCUCCACAUAGUUUUAUGAUCCGUAGCCUGCCAAUAGGAUUCAGAGUGAGUUAUCUCAGAGGGAGUGGAAGCUAGCGUGUUCAGGCAAGAUACACUGCCUCACUUUGCAUUUUCCUCAUCCUUAUUUCGAAAGAAAGCCUCAGAGCACCUCUAAUUGCUACAAAAGUCUCACGUCUUGAUGUGUAUCUCCGCAAUGGAUCGUACGAAUGUGUGUGAAAAGUCAAGUUGAAUCAGGGCAAGGUCAACAGGGAUCCACAAAAGAAGUCCAUGGGAGAGAAGGCUCAACGUAUACAGCAGCUUAAAGAUGAGAGGGAAGCAGUGCAGAAGAGAACCUUCACCAGGUGGAUGAAUGUGUUUCUGCAGAGACGUGAACCUCCGAUUGAAGUGUACGACCUGUUCACAGACAUUCAGGAUGGUAGAAUACUCAUGGCUCUGCUGGAGGAGCUGUCUGGGUGCCAACUACUUUACAGGUUUAGGUCUUCUUCUCACCGCAUUUUCAGACUGAACAACAUUUCCAAAGCCCUGGCUUUCCUUGAUGAUAGACAUGUGAAGUUACUUGGCAUCGAUGCCUCUGGUAUUGCUGAUGGGACUCCCUCUGUUGUUCUUAACCUUAUCUGGACCAUGAUCUGUAUUUCCAGGCAGGUAAAAGAGGUGACAGCAGGCCUCCAGAGACAUUUAUCUUCUAGCCUCUCCUCCUUAUCAACGAGCAGUUACCCCUCCUCCAGCGACCUCUCGCCCCCGCCAAAUGACAUUGGCAGCUAUUUCUGCAGCACCCUGCCAAGCAAAGGCAAAAAGGCUGCCAAAGACCUAAAGUACCACGGGAAAUCAAUCAAGACUCUACUGCGAUGGGUCCAGAGAUGCACAUCAAAGUUUGGAGUGGAGGUGCAUGACUUUGGGAGGAGCUGGAGGAGUGGGCUGGCCUUUCUCGCCAUGAUUAAGUCCAAACACAGCUUGGUUGACCUGAGGGCAAGCCUGUCCAGAGAGCCAAGGGAAAACAUUAAGCUGGCGUUCAUGAUAGCCCAUCACAGUCUGGACAUACCACCUCUGCUGGAGCCUGAAGACAUAUCAGGCUCUUCACCAGAUGAGCAGUCCAUCAUCACCUAUGUGUCGAUGUUCCUGAGGUUUUGUCCAGACAAAGAUGAGGAUCGUACGUCAGAUAUUGAAGUUCCUGAUAUCCCAAAUGUUGGAUCACUUGGGUCCGUCAGUCUUGGAGAAAUCCUCGCUGAUGACCCAGAAGCCCAAGCAUUGCUCUACGGCGUGCAGAAGAGCAAUGAACAGCUACUGUGGAAACGAUGGGCCAGGAGAUCCCAAGGAAGCCCCUGUGCCAACUCGCUUCACACAGCUGAAACCACAUCACCAUUCAACCACAAGAAAAGCAGGAGUCGAAGCAUUUUACAGCCUCCCAGUCCACUGAAUACAGGCGUAGUCAACCAGGAGAUCCGAUCAUGGAUGGAGAAAGCGCCUGUGGAUCAGGCAUACAGCAAGCCAAGGGUGGAUGAAAGUCACUUUUCUUUGAGCUCAGAGGAAGGAAUCUACAGCUUGUCUGCACUGGACUCAGAUGAGGAGGAUGCCUACUGCUACAUAUUGGAUCUGAAUAAAGAGGUUUUUCAACCAUAUAAUCAGAUAAAAAGACAAGUUCCAAGGGUCGAAGAGGAAACGGAGGAAGAAAUGUUUCUUAAUGGAGAGCAUGCUGAAUUAAAACAUCUGGAAGUAUGUGAAACUUUAAAUGUCAGUGGAUGUACACAUCAAGAAGAUUCACUAGUGCAAAAUGUUGUAUCUGAAGUCAGAGAUCAAUCAGUGGUUCAUAGGACGUUUGAUAAGGACAAAAAUGAAAGGAGUUCCACAGAGGUGGCAAACAGCAUAGCUGCGUUUGACAUGGAACCAAAGGAAGGCAGCAGGAAGGAGCAUGAAGUUGAGAGAGUUGUUAGAGGACAGAGAAAUUAUGCUGGAGACGACUCUGAGGAAGAGAGGGAGAAGUCAGAAAAUGCUAGAUUUGUAAUGCAUGGACAUGAUAAAAGGGAUGCUCUGGUAGAUGAAACCCAAAACACAACGGUUCUUGAAGAGUCUAAUUGUCUAACAGUUGAAGAGGAUACUGUAAAGGAGGAAGAGAGGGAAAAUAAGCAAAGUGUAGAUUCUGAAAGUUCCAAGGUAGGAGAAAAUGGAAAAAUAUUAUCUGAUGAGGCUGUAAAUGAAGUCAGCAGAGGCGAUGCAACUACAAUGAACACAGAGGAAGAAAAUUACAGGAAAUACAAUCCCCCCAAAAUGGCUAAUUUAUCUUGUGAAGAACAAAACAAGGGAGAAAACAGUGAUGAAGUCAUGAAUCCAAUGGAUUUUGAGGAAGUUACAACAGCAGAGCGGAACGACAGAGACAAUAUGACUCAGAAAUGUAAACUUACUGUCAAGAAGGUAUCAACAGUAGACCAUGUUGACAAAACUGCUCCCAAAAAUAACACCAACGGAGGUGUUAAUGUCCAUCCUGCCUGUGGUGCAACUUCUUGGUUAUUCAGAGAAGGAGGAUUAAUCUUUCAAUCUCCAGCAGCCUUUUGUGGCAUAACCCCAUUAGAGCUGGAAAUGCUCUUGCUCCUGUGGAUCCUGCUGUACUGCUACUUUAUCUUACCUCAAAUGAACUUCUGAGUUACCCUGCAUCGAGCCCUUCCUAUUACCAGAUGGCCACUGCCAACUUUAAAUCAAUUGAAAUUUUUAGAAAUCUGACUUUCAAUCCAAUUAUUUCUAACCGUAUUUAACUUUGAGUUUUAUCCAUUUCACGUCUUUGACAGUUUUAAUGCCCAACAUGUCUAUCAAAUCUUUAAGACUAUUCCUGGUUUUUGGUGUUACAGUGCACAUUGUAGUUACUGUUCUCCGGGUUGGUCUCUAUCACCUUUUAUUUAAGUUUCUCUAUGCUUUAUUUUGUGUAUGGUAGAUCUUCAGAAUGCAUCUAAUACUAUUUUGUUUUUGCAGAGGUGUAUCUCUUUUAGCUUAGUCAAACAGAUGUAUGCAGAAAAAAAAACUUCAUUCAAGAGUUUAAAUCACACUUCAUGUCCUUGAAGUAGGAUUUCAAAUUAAUGUCAGGAAAGGAAUGUAAACUACUAAAUACGCACAUUUGAAACUUGAUCUAGAAUUGUGAAGUUCAAGGAUUUUCUUUCAAAUGUAACGUGUUUAAGUAAAGUUGCUAGGCUGCACAAAUUGGACUGUUGUUUCUUCCCCACUGUUAACAGUGCAAAGCAUUGCAAGCAGUAUAAAGUCACUCCUGUCAUUGGUCCUUAAAUUCCUUAUGAUAUGUAAUUCAAUCAUCACAAAUCAACAGUUUCAACUGUGUCUUAUCAUGAAAUGAUUAAAGACCUGUAAAAUUGUGCUGUGGUUGACAUGAGAAAAAAAACCCAUCUGUCCUCACUGACUAUUGUAAACACAUAAAUAAAUGAUGUUAUCUUUAGAAGUCA